AUGGUUCUGAAAAAGGUCGAGAUAGAAGCCAGUCUUCAAGAAGAGCAGAAACUCAUCAAAGACGGUACGCUGAGGGAAGAUAAUCCACUUGACACAAGCGAUGUAUUCCUGAAACUUUGUGAUGCCUGCCGUCGCGGAGAUCUGAAGGGCAGUCAAGAGGCUUUGACCGAAGGCGCGAACCUCAAUGCUCGAGAUCGAUUCGACUACACGCCGUUGAUCUUGGCAAGUCUUUGCGGCCAUUAUGAGGUUGUGCAGCUGUUGCUUGAGUCCGGUGCGCUGUGUGAACGAGAUACUUUUCAGGGCGAGAGGUGUCUCUACAAUGCAUUAAAUGACAAAAUCCGAAGACUUCUCCUAGAAUAUGACUACUCAAAGUCCACAGAUCCGUUGCAGCCUUUCGCUUCGUAUAUCACCUCUUUAUUGAGCAGAGAGCAUCCUCAGACAUCUGACAUUCUAGUCACUGCGGAUCAAGAGUCUUUCCGUCUCCAUAAGUUUAUCCUCUCCUCCAGGUCGCCCUACUUUUCAAAGAAGUUGGCCGCCGCCUCCGAUGCAACAUCUUGGAAAUUGCCAUCCAUUUUACCACCUCAAGCUUUCAGCAUUGCUAUCAGGUAUCUAUAUCUGGGCGAGUUGCCAAAUGAAGUCGGUGGAGGACCAGGCACUGGGUUUACGGAAGAUGAGAUUCUAGAAGCACUUGACAAGAUUAGUAAACAUUUGGAAAUUCGUGAUCUGUGGGAUGCGAUCCUGCAAAACAGUGACCGCCGAAUUGCGAGACAAAAGCGGACUGCUGAAGUCGAGAAAGGCAGAGACCAGCUUGAGUCUUGGUUUACUGAGAGCGUCCUGAGACAUAAAGUGACCACCACGGUGGACACCGCUAGUGAAGUGCGAUGGGACAGGAAUAACAGCAUAUUUGCAGAUGUUUUAUUAAGGGCAGACGAAAUUGCAGAUGCCGAAGAAUCCCAGUCAUUUCACCUGGAGCAGAUGUUUCGGCAUACCGCUGGCUCACUGAAUGGAAUCCCACUUGGACCUCUCUCCGGGCAGUCGCGUUCGUCUUCGCCGUUGAGAGAAUCCCGCAAGUCCGUACUAUUUCCCGCGCACCGUGCCAUGCUCAUGCGCUCUGAAUACUUUGCCGCAAUGUUUUCAUCUUCCUUCCGCGAAGCUCAGUCUCCUGGCCAUCUUCAUAUCAUAUAUGUUGAUUGUACGCCAGAGGUACUGGAAAUUGUGCUUACCUUUCUUUACACGGAGAAGACGGACAUCCCUCUGGAACUUGCUCUCGACGCACUCUACACUGCAGACUCUUUGUUUAUUGAUAAAUUGAAGAUGAGGGCGGCAGUCGUAAUCAGUACUUUGGGAAGCGGCACUAUGUCACAGAUCCCAACUCGGCUAGAUGCAAUGGACGCCUCAGUUCCAUCGACUACCGGGCAAGCACAGGAUGUACUCGAUAUUUACGAAGUCAUUCGCGCAGCUUGGCAGCUUCAUGUUCCCCGAUUAGAAGAGUUUGCAGCUCGCUACAUCGCCAUGCGGUUCGAGUCCUUUGUUGAUGAGCCCGAGUUCGAAGUGAUUGUCAAGGAAAGUGCUGGGAGAAUCCAGGCUCGACAAGAAACCGAUACAAUUGAAUUGCUGGAUGACAUACGAUAUUAUCUCUCCGAGCGCUUCAGGCUUCGAUUUGAAGACUCCGGCAUCGAGGAGAUGUUGGAGGAGGAUAUUGAAGCUGCACAGCAGAAGGCCUUGGAAGAGGAACAACAACAGCACGGAGUUGACAAGCCUUGGUCGAACCCUUUAGAUGAGGGCGUCGAUGUGGGAUUACCACUGCAGCAGAGCAUUGCUCUGCCCGGAUCCAUGGAGACUGGAAGGAUCAGAACCUUGGACGGCGAGGAGGUUGAUGACGAGCUAGCUGGGGAGGCAAGAAAUUAUCAGAUCCUAUUGGAGAAGAUCGAUGACUUGUUAGAUAAAUUGAAGUUAGACGCGUGA